ACAAUAUCAAGCAGCACAUCCGCAAUCUAUACUUUCCAUCUAACGGCUGCAAUACUUGCUUAAUCCUGCGGUACAAUGUACUCAAGAUUAGCUCGAACAGUCGCGCUUACGAUCAGCCGCCCAUCGAGUUCCCUGCUGUCCCUUAGACCUCUGGUACUAACGUCUAGCUCAAUUCCCUGCCGACGUCUCUCCUUAGAUUCUCUUGGAAGUACUUCUAAACCUUCCACAUCAACUAAUUCCUCCAGUGCUCUAAACCAAAACCCACCAGCGCCCGCUGACUUUGACUAUCCACUCCCUACCCUUUCCCCUACGAAUCCGAACCAUCUCAUCCGGGGCGCCGACUUCAACACUUAUAUCGCUCCACUCUAUCAUCGAAACUGGGGCGUGAGAUUUCGAGGGUUAAGUGGACAGGAUCAAUCAUGCCUGAGGAAGACGUUCGUAUUUGCUCCGAGCCCGGAGAACGUCAGUGAGGGCUCGAUGGAGUUGCUGAGAUUUUUGAACGAGGCGGCAAGGUUGAAUAAGUCACCUGAUCAAAUCGCCAUGCUACAUCACUCAAUCGGCGGUGCCCUACUCACCGUCUCCCUCUUCACUCGCCACGCUCUCGACAUAACCAGAAAGGUCGUCAGCACCUACUAUCUCACCGGCGAAGUAAAACCUGCUCCCUCCAAACCCCCCAAACCGUGGACAAGAAUCGACGGCAUCACAUACCAAGACGUGUCUUUCGCAUACGCACUCGAAGAUAUCUAUACAUCUUCUCUUGCGCGCACGGGUUUACAACCUGUCUCGGAACAGAGACCGUGGGUAGAGAGACCGUCGAGUGUGAAUGAGUUUGUGAAGAGCAUGUUGAGGCAGAGACAGGUUAGCGUGGCGAAUGGACACGAGAGAUGGGCUAAGACGAAGAAGGCCAAGGCGACAAGGGAGGAGGAAGCGGCGGCGAAGGCGAAGGCGAAGGCGAUGAAGUGAAGGAUCAGGCUCGUUGUCUUGAGAGGUACUGAGGCAGGUAUGAGUUUGAUGGAUUGGGUCCUUGUGAAGUAAGGAGGAUUCGACGGCGGAGGCUGAAGUCAACUUACCCUGUCAAGCUUGCAAAUGAAUACCCUAGUUCAAGCUAAAUCGAGGACUUUCCGUGGCACCAUCGUCGACGUGAACCUUCGCACCUCCGUCUUCCAGAUGCUCCGACAAUUCCUCCUGUAAAAGAGGCUACCGCCUACGUCCCUCUGACUUUGAUUCUGAUAGACCUUCUACCACUCUGUUCUGUCUCUCGUUCCCUGUCCUCGUAUAUCCCUAACUCAUUCCCUCGGUCAACCAACGCCAUCAAUGCCGUCUUGCACCGUAUCCCAACUACUUUCUC